UUAGUCUCAGUUAACUAACGCUUCGGUUGGCAAUUUUAAUAGAAAAAUUCUCGAUCUAGCUACUAGUUUUAUUUCUGGAUACCAGUUUUUGCGACUCUUUAAAUGGCUGAUUUUCCGACCUGUGUGUCUGCGUCGCAGCGCGAGUUGGCUCACCUCACGGAGCAGGAGCGCCUGACCGCCCAGCUGAAGGUGAAAGAGCGCAAAAAGGCUGCCAGGGCCAAGCCGAAGAAGAUCCUGGGCGGCCUCCUGAUGUUAAAUCACUUGAAGAUGUGGCAUCAGCAUCGUGAGCGGAUCAAGGGGGCGAUCAGCACGGUGGACGCCGAAGCGCCCAACUUUCAGGCGGCCCGCAUCACCGGGGUGAACAACCUCCGAGACGAAGCGCAGAUCUUCAUGAAGCGCACCAAGGCCAACAUCCAACUGCUGGUGGAGAUCUCGCGGACGAUGCGCACCCACGGAGCCAUCAAUCCCUUUCGCUACGAUAUGGUGCACGCCACCUCCAGCAUUCCCAUGACCCUGCUCACACUCGAAAAACUGGAGCGCGAAAACCGCGAGUUUGGCCGACGUAUUCUGGAGGUAAACAGCGAGGUGGACUCCGGUCUGUCGGACAAGCGGAUGCGGGAAGCCAGGAACCCAGCGCCCGCCGCUCCACUGGAGUUGCCGUCCCAGGCGAUGGCCAAGUACGAGGCCUUCAACAUCCCGCUGCCCAAAUCGGACGCCGAGUUACGCCGCCUCUUCCGACCGCGUGUCUACUUUGACAUAUAUCUCAAGGAUGCACGACCUCUGGGCAGGAUUGUGGUCCAGCUGUACACAGAGGCUGCUCCGCUGGUGGUGCUGCAGCUGAUCAAGUCGUGCAUGUGCAAUCAACACUCCAAGUUUAUGGUCAAACGACUGUUCCCCAAUCUGUGGCUGGAAACCGAUUUGCUGCUGUCGGCGGACUCGCUGCUCCAUCAGCCAUUGGAGUACGACGCCAAAGUUAUUGACCACGGGGCCUCCACGAACGUAUUAUCCUUCAGCAAGGCUUAUGUCACAGGAUUCACCCACCACCUGUCCUUUGCCAUCUCGUUCAAGCCGCUUACCGUUGUCAAUGGAUCCCGUGUGGGAUUCGGGCGGAUUGUGAAGGGCAGCAAGAUAUGCGAGUGCAUUCAGAGUUACGGCACUAAGAACGGAAAGCUCAGCCGGGGUCUGCUUUUUACCAGCUGCGGAUUGCUGUAGACUGCUGGUGGUCCCUGUAAAUCGUUCAUAUGUGUAAGGAAUAUUUUUUGGUCAUGUAAAUCAAAGUCAGUACUAUCAACAACAUUCAAUAGAUGUGGCAUGCAGUCAUUAUUAAGGUGAUGAAAUAAAUUGAGUGUGGGUGGUAAAUA